UUUCAGCUUGUAAACUAUAAACAUCCGGUGUGACUCCACUACGCUUCUCUUCAACCUGUCCGAGCCAACAUGGGACGGGUCAGGACUAAGACGGUCAAGAAGGCCGCCAGGGUCAUCAUUGAGAAAUACUACACCCGUCUGGGCAAUGACUUCCACACCAACAAGAGGGUGUGCGAGGAGAUCGCCAUCAUUCCCAGCAAGCCUCUGCGCAACAAAGUUGCAGGGUAUGUGACACAUCUGAUGAAGCGUAUCCAGCGUGGUCCUGUCAGAGGAAUCUCUAUCAAGCUGCAGGAGGAGGAGAGGGAGAGGAGGGACAACUACGUCCCUGAGAUUUCUGCUCUGGACCAGGAGCUCAUCGAGGUGGAUCCAGACACAAAAGAAAUGCUCAAGAUGCUGGAUUUUGGUGGACUUUCCAACCUUCAAGUCACUCAGCCAACAGUCGGAAUGAACUUCAAAACACCACGAGGACUAUGAAGUUGUUUGUAGUGAUCUGAUUAAAGAUGUGGUUAUUUAA